GUGAGUAACGUAACGCCUCUCUGCGUUUUCACACGGCUAUAAAUAAUAGCAAUUGAAACACUCCUCCCUCAAGCAAGAACCAGCUUCUUCAUUAAAGGUGAUAUUAUACAAAAAACUGGUAAGGAUAAUGGAGAAAGAAGAGGAACAAAAAUUGGAGUGGCUUGAAUCUCAAAAGAUAGAGACGAGCAUUGACCUAUUUGCUGCUGCCAAACAACAACUUCAGUUCCUAGCAGUUGUUGAACAUAAACCUUGGCUCUACCAUGGUCCUAUACUCGAAAAAGCCAUCUACAGAUACAAUGCUUAUUGGCUUCCUUUGCUUGCCAAAUAUUCCGAGUCUUCUGAUAUCUUGGAAGGACCAUUAGUCCCUCCUCUUGACUGUGAAUGGGUUUGGCAUUGCCACAGACUUAAUCCCGUGAGGUACAUAGUAGAUUGUCAUAUAUUAUACGAGAAAGUUCUGGACAAUUCUGGCGUUACAUCUUCUACAAGUGGAAGCUGCAAACUACAAACUGAAAAUUUGUGGAAGGAAUUGUACCCUAUGGAGCCUUAUGAGCUUGACAUGGUUAAGGCCAACUCAGAGCGGGUGGAUCUCUCAACUCUUGAGAAAUACACCACCUACGAUCUUGUUUCAGCUGUCAACACGCAAAGCUCAUUUUACUAUACGUUUGCUAAAACUCAUGAUGUGGAUAGUGACAUCAUAAUUCAAGAAGCUGUUGGUAGAUACAAAGCAUUUCUCCACUUGCUCAAGAGAAACAAAGAAAAGUCUAUCAAACUGAUCAUUGCUCCGACUUACGAUAUUGAUCUAAUCUGGCACACACAUCUGCUACACCCGUCCUUUUACUACAAGGAUACGGUAAAGAUCCUUGGUAGCAUCUUACAACAUCUUUAUGGUAAAGACUCUAACAAAAGCAAAGCUGAGACUCUUGAAUCUGUCUUCUCCGAAAUUUCUGCUCAAUGGGAAGACACAUAUGGUCAAAUCUAUUGUAAAGCCAGAGCAGAGACGUCUACAGAGAUGGAGGCUGUUAACUCAUAUUCUCCUUAAAGUUCUUAGUUUUGGUUUUGUAAACAAAGAUUUCUCUCAACUCUUUGCAAUUCUAUAUUUUCUUCAUCUAUAUAUUAUGAUCAUGUGUUCUCUGUUCAUGUGUAAGUGUUAUGCUCAUUGGGUUUUCGGA